AUGGCACAGACCAACACUGGAGGACAGGGGACCAACGGUGUAGCGGACGAGUCCCCCAACAUGAUAGUGUACAGAAAGAUGGAAGAAGUAAUAGCGCGCAUGCAAGAUGAAAAGAACGGCAUACCCAUCCGGACGGUGAAAAGUUUCCUGACCAAAAUCCCCAGUGUCUUUUCAGGUUCUGAAAUUGUUCAGUGGAUGAUCAAGAAUCUAGACAUUGAAGAUCCAGUGGAAGCCCUUCACUUGGGGACGCUGAUGGCUGCACACGGAUACUUCUUUCCCAUCUCAGACCACGUCCUUACGCUCAAAGACGACGGGACUUUCUAUAGAUUUCAGACUCCAUAUUUUUGGCCAUCAAACUGCUGGGAACCGGAAAAUACAGACUAUGCUGUUUACCUCUGCAAAAGAACAAUGCAAAACAAAGCACGCCUGGAGCUCGCAGACUACGAAGCGGAGAGCUUAGCCAGGCUACAGAGAGCAUUCGCCAGAAAAUGGGAGUUCAUUUUUAUGCAAGCAGAAGCACAAGCAAAAGUCGACAAGAAAAGAGACAAAAUCGAGCGUAAGAUUCUCGACAGCCAGGAAAGAGCUUUCUGGGACGUGCACAGACCAGUGCCUGGAUGUGUAAACACAACAGAAGUCGACAUUAAGAAGUCCUCCAGAAUGAAAAACCCUCACAAAACCAGAAAGUCAGUGUACGGGCUGCAGAAUGACAUCCGCACUCACAGUCCCACCCACACCCCCGCUCCCGAGGCCAAGCAGCCCACAGAGGAGGAGCUGCAGGAACAGAUAACCUUUUGGCAAUUGCAAUUAGACCGGCAUCGACUGAAAAUGUCCAAAGUGGCAGAGAGUUUAAUUGGCUACACAGAGCAGUACCUUGAAUAUGACCCUUUUCUCACGCCUCCCGACCCGUCCAACCCCUGGAUCUCAGAUGACACCACACUAUGGGAACUGGAAGCAAGUAAGGAGCCAGGGCAGCAGAGGGUAAAGCGGUGGGCUUUUGGAAUCGAUGAAGUCCUUAAAGAUCCCGUGGGGAGAGAGCAGUUUCUCAAGUUCCUGGAGUCAGAGUUCAGCUCAGAGAAUCUCAGGUUCUGGCUAGCAGUCCAAGAGCUAAAGAAGCGUCCGAUCCGAGAGGUGCCCACGCGGGUGCAGGAGAUAUGGCAGGAGUUCCUGGCUCCAGGGGCCCCUAGUGCCAUUAACGUGGACUCCAAGAGCUACGACAAGACCACCCAGAAUGUCAAAGACCCAGGGCGGUACGCCUUCGAAGACGCACAGGAGCACAUCUACAAAUUGAUGAAGAGUGAUUCUUACAGCCGUUUCAUCCGUUCCAGUGCCUACCAGGAGCUAUUACAAGCCAAGAAGAAGAAAAGUAAGAACUUAUUCUGA